GUAUUCCAACGACCAACGGAGUUUUCUGGUUCGAUUAAUUCACUGUGGUUGCAGAAAAAUCCUCCGGAAAUGGAAGCGGAAGCGGAAGGAAUCGUAGAGCAUCGAAGCUCGUUAGCGGCUCCAUGCAUUUUUUUGGUCGUUAUCGCUUUUCAAUUUCUCGCUAGAUGGCUGGAGCACCUGAAGAAGGGAGGUUCCAACAGCCAGGUGGAAAUGGAGUUGCGCAAAUCAAUAAAGCAACUUCUGAGGGAGGCAAGCACCUUAUCGCAACCAUCUACAUUUGCACAGGCUGCAAAACUUCGGAGGUUGGCAGCCGCUAAGGAGAAGGAGCUGGCAAACUAUCAAGAAUCACGUAAUAAGGAGAUAAAGACAUCCUAUGGUUUAUACAGUCGAGUACUGUUGAUAUCAAAGGUUUUUAUGUAUAUUGCGCUGGUUUUCUGGUUUUGGAGAGUUUCUGUUGCAACUGUACCUCAUCACCUUGUGCAGCCAUUUGGAAGAGUUUUAUCUUGGAAGGCUGGAGGUAUCGUAAAUGAUUAUGUGAAGGUUGGAAUUAUACCUUGGUUGAUACUGUCGACACGGGUUAGCAAAUAUGUAUGUCGGGUCGUCCGCUAAAAAGGUGAUUGAAGGUAAAUGUGAUGUAGAAUGAAUGAUACAUCACCGUAUGCUAUGUGUCACGGUCAUACUUAAAAAGGCAAUUGUGACACUGUAAAAUCUUGGGCAGCCCAUCUUUUCCUAAAUUUCAAUUAGGGGAGGCAGGACAAGUUUUUCAGCCCCACCACUUUUUCUUCUUAUAUUCAUUCAAAUGAGGUUCAGCAUUGUUGCUAUUUUCCUUUUCAAUAAUAUUCUUAUUCUCUUAAAAAAAAAAAUUAUAAUAUUAUUAUUGGUA